AUGGUGUCAUGGAGAUUUACGGCAUUGCCUAAGCACCCUAGAGAUAACUCAUUGAAUCCCGGUCUAGAGAAGCCUGAGUUUAUUGAUGGAAAGCGUCAGAUGCUGUUGCUGAUGGUGGGCCUGGUCAUGGUCGGAGCAUCACUGAAGACGAUUCCUUCCUUACAUAAGACAAGAGGACUCAUGAAGCUCCUUCCCUCGUCCUCCUCCGCGUUACCACUUGAACUCGCCGGCUCGUUAUUAUCCGAACAAGACAUGGAUACAAGUACAAGCAGCACUGAAAAUUCUUACUUUGGAAGGAGAAAAGCAGCGGAGUCAUCCGUCUUGCCAGGCUCUGCUGACAGUCUCAAGGAUUCAAACCAUGCUCUGCAGGCCGAGCGCGCCGAGCACACACCAGAUUCCACAGCAUCGACGUCUUCUGCCACCUCUCCGAAUUCUCAUGAUGCGCCUGGAACUGGUUCUGAGAUAUUACGAAACGCGGCGAAUCUUCGUGAAGCGGUUGGAACGCCUGGCGAAAGCAGCGAAAUCAGUAUGCUGGACGGGCCGUUAGGGGAAGCGGCUCAAGCCGCGGCAGCAGUUGCAGGCGCAGCAGCAGCAGCCUCGGCCGUGAUUGGUGCGGUGAGAGCAGGUGGGGAAGGAACGGGGAGGGACGAACGGGUGGGGAACGAAUCUGUGCGAGGGGAAAAGGCGCGUUCUGAAAUCAGAGCAGAUUCUCCGGUCAUCUCCGCGCUGACUGUAGCGGCUUCUGAUACGGAGCGUCUCUUGUCACCUCCUUCAGCUUCCCUGUCGUUCCCUUCUCCUUCCUCCUCCUCUUCCUCCCUGUCUUCGCUUCUCCUGUCGUCCGCGGUUGGCGUCGUGUGGACGUCCGGGUUCAACGCGUCUGGGUCGCACGCUCCGCGACGGACGUCGGAGAAGCUCUUGUGGAGAAGCCCUACAGUGGAGCAUAUUGAGCAGUGCAUCGCACGCUCAAAGACACAUAAAGUCCCCGCCAAGUCAGCAACGAAUGGCUACCUUUUGGUGACGGCAAACGGGGGUCUGAACCAGAUGCGAGCUGCGAUCUGCGACAUGGUGGCAGUGGCUCGCAUUAUGAACGCCACCCUUGUGGUGCCGGAGCUGGACCACACCUCCUUCUGGUCCGACCCCAGCGAGUUUGAGGACAUAUUCGACCUGGAGCACUUCGUUGAGACGCUCAAGAACGACAUCCGCGUGGUCAGGGAGCUGCCCCGCAGAGUCGCCCACCGCCGCGUGCUCGAGAAGUUCCCCAUCUCCUGGUCGCCGUUCUCCUACUACCGCGAGGAGCUUCUCCUCCGCCUGAAGAAGCACCGGGUGAUGCGGUUCCCCCUGACGGACUCGCGGCUGGCCAACAACGGCAUGCCCGAGUCCAUCCAGCGGCUGCGCUGCCGAGCCAACUACCGCGCCCUGCGCUACACGGACACCAUCUCACGCGUUGCCAGCAAUCUAGUCGCCCGGCUGAGGAAGCUCGGGCCCUACAUCGCCCUGCACCUGAGGUACGAGAAGGACAUGCUAGCAUUCACAGGGUGCGACCACGGGCUGAGCCGGUGGGAGAGUGGGGAGCUGAGGGCGAUGCGGCUGAACAACUCGCGGUGGAAGGAGAAGGACAUCGACGGGGAGGCCCGGCGCAAGGAGGGCGCGUGCCCCCUCACGCCGAAGGAGACCGCGCUGUUCCUGCACGCCAUGGGUUUUCCCAAAAAGACGUUGAUCUACAUUGCUGCUGGGGACAUCUACGGUUCUAAAGGGCUCUCGGAGCUGACGCGGUACUACCCCAACACGUUCACACACUCCACUCUAGCAACCCCUGAGGAGCUGGCGGCGCUGGGGGGGUAUCAGAACAGGCUGGCAGCAGUGGACUACACAGUGGCGGUGGAGAGUGACGUGUUUGCAUACACGUAUGAGGGCAACAUGGCGAGAGCUGUGCAGGGGCAUAGGCGGUUUGAAGGGCACAGGAAGACCAUCAUUCCUGACAGGGAGGCGGUGGUGAGGUUGCUGGACCAGUUCAAGGCGGGUGAAAUGACCUGGAACGCGGUGCGCAAGGAAAUCAGGAAGCAGCACAAGGGGCGCGUGGGGGGGCCUCACCAGCGGGAGGCUGGGGAGAACCCGAAGCUGGAGGAGAAUUUCUAUGCGAACCCCAUGCCGGGGUGUAUGUGUGAGGUGGAGAGGCAGCCGGGCAAGGCGGUGAAGGCGUGCCGAAUGGAGGGCGGGCUGAGGAAGUGCAGGGAGGUUCCCAAGGAGGAGGAGGCGUACAUUUAG